AUGAAUUUCGCCGAUAAAGUUGUUUUAAUAUCUGGAGCAGGAUCAGGAAUCGGUAGAGAAAUGGCUCUACGUUUUGCGAAGUUGUCUGCCAAACUGUCACUCAUCGAUAUCAAUUCGAUAACUCUUAAUAAAGUUGCACAAGAAUGUAAAAAUAUAAGUAAAAUAAAUGUCCAUACUGUGAUCGCUGAUUUGGGAGAUAUUAACAAUGCUAAAUACAUUGUGGAUAGUACAAAACAGGAAUAUGGUAGGAUCGAUGUAUUAAUCAAUUGUGCUGGUAUAAGCGGUGGAUUUGGAAGUAAAAGUGACGUUUUUAUAGAGAAUAUGGAUAAAGUAUUUAAUGUGAACCUUUUAUCCCAUAUCGCUAUAACCAAUUACGCUUCAGAUGCAUUAAUAGAAAGCAAAGGAUGUGUUAUUAAUAUAUCAAGUGUUUUUGGAACGCAUCCUACUAGAAAUUUGAUACCAUACGCUGUUGCUAAGGCUGCUCUGAUUCAUUUUACGAAAUGUGCAGCUUUAGAAUUAGGUGAGAAGGGAGUCCGAGUUAAUAGUAUAUCACCUGGACCAGUCAAUACUAAUAUAGUGUUAAGUGAUGUAAAAACUCGAGAGUUAAGUGAUAAUUUCUGGCAGAAAUUGGCUGAACAACUCCCAUUGAAGAAAUUAGUUACUACCGAACAAAUAGCUGAAGUGGCGGUAUUAAUGGCAAGUGAGAAAGGAGGUGGUAUUACUGGAUGUAAUUAUAAGGUUGACUCUGGGAUGGCAUUAAAGAGAUUGACACUAUAA